GGUAGCUGAGACUAGAACUGGGAGCAGUAAGAGAUGGAGGAGAUGAAGAACUCCCUACCUCUUCAUGAGUGGAAAGUUCAGCAAUUUCAUGCUACCAUCUACAAACUUCACAAUCUCUUCCAUGCCAUAGCUUUGCUUGCCUUGCUCUACUAUAGAGUUUCUUCACUUUUCCUAUUUGGUGAGCUACCCACGUUGCCAUGGGCUCUCAUCUUUGCUUCUGAGCUCUUACUCUGCUUCAUUUGGUUGCUCCGCCUGCCUUUCCGUUGGUGUCCGGUGUAUCGAACCGUCUUUCCGGAGAGAUUACCAAGGGAUGAUGAGCUUCCGGCGGUUGAUGUGUUCAUUUGCACGGCUGACCCAAACAAGGAGCCCACAUUUGAUGUGAUGAACACGGUGGUGUCGGCUAUGUCCCUUGAUUAUCCCCCGGAGAAACUCUCUGUUUAUCUCUCUGAUGAUGCAGGUUCUCCCCUUACUCUCUAUGCCCUUCGUGAGGCGGCUUCCUUUGCAGGUUCUUGGGUGCCCUUUUGCAGGAAAUACAAGAUUGGCACUGUCUGCCCCGAUGCAUUCCUGUCUGGAUCUUCCUCUGCCCAUGGUGAUGGUUCAUAUCUUCGCUCCAUGGAUUUCAGUCCAGAGCUCGAGAAGAUUAAGUUGAAGUACCAGUUGCUCAAAGAACGCUUUCAGAGAGCUAAAGAAAAUUGUGAGAUUGGGCGACAUGAUCAUCCUCCUCUAAUCGAGGUGAUAAGUGACAAUCGAAUCAUUGCAAUUGGCGAUGAGCAAGCUAAGAUUCCUCUCCUUACUUAUGUUUCCCGUGAAAAAAGAUCCACUCAUCCUCACAAUUUCAAAGCUGGAGCUCUCAACGUCCUUCUUCGGGUAUCAGGAAUUAUAAGCAAUGCUCCCUACAUUUUGGUUUUGGACUGUGAUAUGAACUGCAACAAUCCAUCCUCAGUUCGGCAGGCGAUGUGCUUUCAUCUUGAUCCUAAAUUGUCUCCAUCACUUGGCUUCGUUCAAUUUCCUCAGGCUUUCUACAAUGUAUGUAACAAUGACAUCUACGAUGGACGGUUGCGUAGAGCAUUUAAGACAAUGUGGCCAUGCUUGGAUGGGCUUCAAGGACCAAUACUAUCUGGCACAGGAUUCUAUAUCAAAAGACAGGCCUUGUAUGGGAUUCCCAUGCAAGAAGAUGACGAUCUCUUUCAACUUAGAUCGUCUUUUGGUAAUUCCAACAAGUUAAUUGCAUCACUAAACAAAAGUUAUCAUCUUAAUCCCAUCAAUGGAGGUACCAUAUCAUCAUCAAAAGAAUUGAUACAAGAGGCUCAACUUUUGGCCUCAUGCAGCUAUGAGAAAGACACACAAUGGGGUGAACAGAGGGGUUUCCUAUACCACUCUAUAGUGGAGGAUUACUUUUCAGGGUUUAUUAUGCACAGUAGAGGAUGGAAGUCAGUCUAUUAUGAACCUUCAAGUCCAGCUUUCUUGGGUAGUGCUACCAUCACUUUCAAUGAAAGCAUGAUCCAGAACUUGAGAUGGAACUCAGGGUUGCUAGAAGUAGGUCUCUCAAGAUUCUGCCCAAUCAUCUAUGGAGUUUCCAGAAUGUCCAUUCCUCAGGCAAUGUGUUAUGGGUACUUUGCAUUUCAACCCCUAUAUUCUUUCCCUCUAUUGUGUUAUGCUACCAUCCCUCAACUAUGCCUUUUGGCUGGCAUCUCCUUGUACCCUAAGGUUUCAAAUCCUUGGUUUAUCAUCUUUGCGAUUAUAUACAUUUCUUCGCUUUCUCAGCAUAUGUUAGAGGUUCUCUUAUGUGGUGACUCAUUAAGGACAUGGUGGAAUGAACAGAGAAACUGGAUGAUAAAGUCAGUUGCUUGCUAUCCCUUCUCAUGUUUGGAUGUUUUUAUGAAGAAGAUUGGUAUAAGGGAGGCCAAUUUCAUACUAACCAGUAAAGUCAUUGAUGAAGAACAAAUUGAACAGUAUAAGAAGGGGAUAUUCCAUUUCAAAGGGUCCAAGUUGUUCCUUGUCAUAUUGGCCACAUUGGUAACUAUAAAUAUGGUGUCCCUUGGUGGUGGUUUGGCAAGAGUUAUAUCUGAAGCCAGUUAUGAUGAUAUGUUUGGGCAGGUCUUCCUUUCUUUUGCCAUCUUAACUUUUAAUUAUCCAAUAAUAGAGGGUAUGAUCUUCAGGAAGGACAAUGGAAGAAUUUCAACUUCGAUAUCAAUUAUAUCUGUCAUAGUCUCCAUAAUUUUCUUAUCUUUUGGAUCUUUCAUCUUCUUUUGAGUAAGGAUAUGUAUCCUAUAUUUUCUGUCUUAUUUUAAUCUUAUAGGAUCUUUGUUGUAUCUUAAUAAUUUCAAAGUUUAUUUCCAGCG